AUGAGCAGAGCAGCGAGAAGAGCAGCUAGAGGAAGAGCAACACCCAAACCAAUUGCAAGUUUCUUUUUGGAGUCAGAGGAAGACUUGGAUUUCGAAGUUGAAGUGGCAGAUGGAGAGGAAACAGCAGUAGACGAGCUGGUGGAAUGUGCCGUUCCAGAAGAAGCAGAGCUCGAAGAAGUCUUUGAGGACGAGCUACUCGAACUCGAGUGCACCGUGCCGACUCCUCUGAUGGUAAACUCUCUGGAGUCGGAAAGACUGUUCAUCGAGGCUUCGAUGUUCACUUCUGUUUCGUCGAAAUCGUCAGGAACGUUACCUGCGAAAGAAUGGUUGGUGUAUGGCGUUGACAUCUGGGAAAUCGUCGGUCGUGAAGAUAUCGGACGACACCUUGGAAAUGUUGGCCGAAUCAAUGGUGACUCCGUCCAACAACACGUCUUCCAAAGGAAGUUCCACGUUGAACGCGUUUCCUGCAGACGUUCUGAUCUGGAGAUCCGAAGAAACGUUCGUGGUGAGCUCGUGGGCACCGACAACAAGGUAGAACGAGCCAUAAGCACCGGUGUAUCCUUCAUAAUCUGUAGCGAUCAAGAUGAAACCGAAAUCUUGGGAAGGAGCGAUCUGGGAAUUAAUUGCAGGUGCGGUACCAGAGAAAGUGAGGGUGUCUUCGUCGAAGUAGCACCAACUUGGGAGAGAAGUUCUGUUGAGAGAUUUUCCGUAAUACGCGAUGAUCUUGUUGGUCGAGCCCGAACUCAUUUCAAAGGUAUCAUUGGAGAAUUGGAUCUUGAAAGACUUCUCAGGUUCCACAACAAGUCCAUCGUGCCCGAAUUAUCUUUUCCAACAAGGUUAAACGAAAGCGAGUUAGUGGCAUCUGAAGAGGAUGGAAUACCCGAAAAUGUGAGCGACGAUUCAUCGAACGAAAGCCAGUCUGGCAAGUCUUCCACAGAAUAG